AUGCAGUCCGCAGACCCCGAUCACUUCUUCGAGACAGAUGCCUCACACGCCCAGCGUCAGCGAAAGGCUGCCAAGUCGGGGAACAAGAAUGGCGACCCUAUUUCUAUGAAGUCCAAGAUCCUUGCCGCCAUUCCAGACCCUGCCUUUCCUCUCACUUCCGUCUUCAUCGCCGAGUCUGCUGGCUUUGUCCGCCGCAUCAACCUGGAGACCUCUGACACGAAAACCAUAUAUCGUGGCCCCAGAGCCCCUGUAACCUGCCUCGCAACAGGAGGCCAGGGUGGCAAGACUGUGUUUGCUGGCUCAUGGGACAAGGAUAUCUGGUCCUGGGACAUCGAGACCUCGAAGCCUGGCCGCAAGUUCAGCGGCCAUACCGACUUUGUCAAGGCCGUAACCUGUGUUACCGUCGGAGGCAAACAUCUCCUCAUCAGCGGAGGUGCCGACAAGAAGAUCCUCGUCUGGGACGUCGACACAGGCCGGCGGCUGCACACCCUGCAAGACCCCACGACGACAAUGCUCGCAGUCCAACAUCUUGCUGUUGACCCUGUUCUCAGCAGCCACGGGUCAGCUGUAUUUGCCAGUGCGAGCAGUGACCCCAACAUCCGGCGCUGGAAGAUCACACUGGACAGCCACGAACAACUACCCGAAUCGUUUCCCGGUCGCCCCGAUGCCGAGAGACUCACUAUUCAAGAGCACGAGACCAGUGUAUACCGGCUUGUUUAUGACGAAGCCAACGAAGAUGCCGACCUGUGGACUGCCAGCGCCGAUGGAACAGCGAAAUGCCUGGCUCGUUCCAGGAACUUUGUCGCCGACGACUCUUUUGCUCACGGAGAUUACGUGCGUGCCGUCCUUGUGACAGACCAGUGGGUCAUCACAGCCGGCCGUGAUGAGGACGUCAAGGUCUGGGAUCGUUCAUCUGGCAAGCUGUACUGUGCACUGGUCGGCCAUUAUGAAGAGAUUACCGACUUGGUCAUGCUGCGGGAUUCAGAGGGAACUCCUCGUAAGGUCUGCAGUGUUGGCAUCGACGGCACCAUUCGUACCUGGCCUCUCGCCAAGACCGACCUUGACGAAGUUGUUGUCAAGAUCCAAAAGGCCGCCGAGCCUCAAAAGGAGGAGCAGAAAGGCGACGGCAUGCUGACUGCCGAGGAGGAGGCUGAGCUGGCAGAGCUCAUGGAUGACUAG